AUCUCUCUCUCUCUCUCUUCUCUGAUGACUCUGUUUUUCUUCAUUUUAUUUUUAUCUCUAAACUAAAAAAAGACGCUCACUGCAUUAAAUUCCAAAGCCACUGCAAAAAUUUUGAAUGAAUGCUUCAUUGAUUCCACUUUUUCAUUCACAAAACGCACGAGAACUACUUUGCCUUAGAUCAGAUCUGCUUCCAUUGCACCAACCUCUUUCAGCUUCUUCAUCAUUCAUCACUUUCCCAGAAUGCGGCAGGAGACUCCAUGUAAAAGAGGUUUGAAGGGUAGCAUCAACAACAACAAUGAAGAUGAGAUCAUCAAUGAUCAUGAAUUAGCUCAGAGGAAAGCAGAGGAAGCUGCUUCAAGGAGGUAUCAAGCAGCAGAAUGGCUUCGCCAAAUGGACAGUGGCGCGUGGGCAUCACUCUCCAAAGAACCCUCCGAGGAAGAGUUCUGCCUCUCACUUCGCAACGGUCUCAUUCUCUGCAACGUCCUCAACAAGGUCAACCCCGGCGCCGUCCUCAAGGUGGUGGAGAAUCCCACCCCUGCUGUUCAAUCUGCAGAGGGAGCUGCACAAUCUGCAAUUCAGUACUUUGAGAAUAUGAGGAACUUUCUGGAAGCUGUUAAGGACAUGCAGCUUUUGACAUUCGAAGCUUCAGAUUUGGAGAAGGGAGGUUCAUCAAGCAAAGUUGUGGACUGCAUUCUGUGUUUGAAAGGGUACUAUGAAUGGAAGCUUUCAGGUGGAGUUGGGGUGUGGAGGUAUGGAGGAACUGUGAGGAUCACUUCCUUUCCGAAAGGUUCUUCGCCUUCCGACGUGGCGAGCAGUGAAAGUGCUGAUGAGUCACUGGAUGAGUCUGAGUUGUCACAAUAUGAACAGAUGCUAGAGUUUCUUCGUCUAUCCGAAGAUGUCUCCGUCGAAGAAACCAAAACUGCUGAUGCCUUGGCCUUCCUGUUUGAUCAAUUUGGACUGAAGCUUCUCCUGGCAUACCUUAGAGAGACAGAUGGGGUUGAAGAUCUUCCACUGAAUGCAAUGGUAAUUGAUACUUUGCUCAGAAAAUUAGCCAAGGAUUUCUCUGCAAUGCUUGUUUCUCAAGGCAAACAGCUUGGAGUUCUGCUGAAGAGAAUACUGAAAAACGAUGUUGGUUGCAUCACUAAGAGAGAUUUUAUAGAAGCUAUCACAUUAUAUCUUAAUCAAAGAAGUAGUUUGGCGUCAGAUGAUUUGUCAAAAUUCUGCAUUUGUGGCGGAAAGCGUGAUAAUACAAUGCAUAAUAACAAUCAUUGUUCAAAACAUGUCGAAAUAAUUGAUGCUCAGCAGAAACAACUUGAGAGGAUGAAAUACUUAUUUGAUGAGCUAAAGAUGGAGGUCAAACAAAUUCAAUCUGAGUGGGAGAAAGAACUGAGCAGGCUAGAGAAUCAUAUCAAGAGUCUUGAAGUGACUUCCACAUCCUACCACAAAGUUUUGGAGGAGAACCGCAUUCUAUAUAAUCAAGUACAAGACCUCAAAGGAGCCAUAAGGGUCUACUGUAGAGUGAAGCCUUUCUCACCAGGACAGUCAAAUGCGCAAUCUACAGUAGACUAUAUAGGAGAAGAUGGAAACAUAAUGAUAGUAAAUCCUCAAAAGCAAGGGAAAGAAGCUAGAAAGGUGUUUUCAUUUAAUAAGGUGUUUCCAACAAAUGUCACACAAGAACAAAUUUACGCAGACACUCAACCACUCGUCAGGUCCGUUUUAGAUGGCUACAAUGUUUGCAUUUUUGCAUAUGGACAGACCGGUUCAGGAAAGACCUAUACAAUGAGCGGCCCUGAUCUGAUGUCUGAAGAGACAUGGGGUGUAAAUUACAGGGCUUUGCGUGACUUGUUUCAUAUAUCAAAGGAAAGGGCAGAAGCCAUAAAAUAUGAAGUUGGUGUCCAGAUGAUUGAAAUAUACAAUGAGCAAGUUAGAGAUUUAUUAGUUAGCGAUGGUUCUAAUAGAAGAUUAGAUAUACGAAACAAUUCUCAAUUGAAUGGACUUAAUGUGCCAGAUGCAAGUUUAGUUCCAGUUAGUUGUACUCAAGAUGUUCUUGAUUUGAUGAGAAUUGGUCAGAAGAACCGCGCUGUAGGCGCUACAGCUCUAAAUGAGCGAAGCAGCCGUUCUCACAGUGUGUUGACAGUCCAUGUUAGAGGGAAGGAUCUAGUUUCAAACUCCAUUCUCAAGGGUUGUCUCCAUCUUGUGGAUUUGGCUGGAAGCGAGAGAGUGGACAAAUCUGAGGCUGUUGGUGAAAGACUAAAGGAGGCACAGCAUAUAAACAAAUCUCUUUCUGCACUUGGAGAUGUUAUCUCUGCUUUGGCACAGAAGAGUCCACAUAUUCCUUACAGAAAUAGCAAGCUCACACAAGUGUUACAAGACUCUUUAGGUGGGCAUGCAAAAACUUUGAUGUUUGUUCAUAUAAAUCCUGAAGUCAAUGCUCUUGGGGAAACAAUUAGCACACUAAAAUUUGCUGAGAGGGUUGCUUGCAUUGAACUUGGGGCUGCUCAAUCUAAUAAAGAAACUGGUGAAAUCCGAGAGCUAAAGGAUGAGAUUUCGAAUAUCAAAUUAGCAUUGGCAAGGAAGGAAACUGAACUUGAACAAUGGAAAACUGGGAAUACUAGAAAUGCCAUCGAAUCUCAGAAACCAAGGGCUGUUUCGCCAUAUCGUUUGCCUAAAAAUGUUACCAGUGGCAGUAUUAAGUCUGAUAAUAGUCAAAGAUCCCUGGAUGAUAGAAGUUCUGAGGCUAAAAUUAGUUCUUCGGGUAAGCAUACAAGAUCAAGACUCCCCUCAACAUUUAUGGACAAGGAUUCCAUCCCAAAAUCAUUUCUUCUAACUGAAGAAAAGCUAGUAAGCUCAUCAGGGAGGGGUCGAUCGCCAUCGCCUCCAAUCAGGAGAUCAAUAUCCACUGAUAGAGGCUCUGUCAUUAAAAGCAAGGUCAAAAGUGACACACCAGAAAACCAACCAAUACUAAAGAAUCAAUUUCCAGCUAGAGUAAACAAGUCUCUUGCUAUAAUGCAAAUGGCCCAAUCUAUAGACAAUAACUCAAAGGUGUAUGUGAAUUCGCAAGAGACAUCCAAACAAGACAGCAACAUUUCUGAAACACUUACUAACCUUCAAAAGAUCAGCUCCAGGAAAGUUCAUCAAGAACAGGAAGAAGAACAAUUCAAGCAAGUAUUUAGUGUAUCAAAACAAAGUGUUACCAAGAAAAGCAAGGCUGAUAGUAAGGCUAAGGCCAAGCAGCAUCAUCAACAAAUACCCUUUAGGAUUCAAAAAUCUGAUAUGGAAACUGCUGGUGAAAUAACUGCUGUUGCGCCUCGAAAAAUCGAUUAUUUUGAGCCAGAAAAUGAUCUCAGGUUCAUGGACUCUGCAGUCCAUGGUACUUUGAAUCCGAAAAAUACUCGACAGAACAUGUCAAAGAAUUGGCAAAACAUAGGAUCAAGAGGAAUGGUGCAAGCAGCUGAGCCUUUAUUGACUAGCAAAGUUGAGAACAAACUUAUAAAUGGUUCCGGUCGCAGCAAUACCACAAUGCAUGAAUUUAGAAGGAGCAGAUCUACACCCCGUGGGAAGUUUUUUGUUUCAUCUUGAGGAAUUCAUGUUGGAAAAUGAUUUUUUUUUCUUUUUUAUAUUAUUUAUUUUUUGUACAGUUACUGGUAUUGAUGUGCAUGUUGUGGUGCCGGCUCAUGUACUUGUGUAGAGGCUGAGUUCUUGAGGUCAGUUUUGUGAGACCUCUCUUCAUUUUUUUCAACUUUGUAACUUGAAUUAUGUAUUUUAAUGAAACCAGAAGGUGUUGUUGUUUAUGCAGUACAUAACUUUUCUGAGAA